AUGGCCGCCGGAGCUCAAACGGCCAUAGUGCAGACGGAGGGGACAACCAUACACGAGAGACUCACCAUCUCUCGAUCCAUACCAAUUCCUACCAGUAAGGACUUACCAUCAAGACACCAUGUGCUUGUACGGGUCCUCACCGUGGCGCUCAACCCUACGGACCACAAGAUGGUGAUGCAUUUCCCCGUGGUCGGCAGUGUGGCAGGAUGUGAUUUUUGCGGUGUUAUUGAAGCGAUUGGCACUGUUGCGCCACCAAAUGCCAACUUCCCCACAUCUACCGGUCCCGGUCCCAAUACCGAGCUCUCGGAGUUCAUGUCCGUCGGCGACAGAAUUUGUGGCGGACUUUUCCCAUACACACUCGCUCCGGACAAUACCCAUAAUGGCUCAUUUAGCGAAUAUGUUGUCGUCGAUUCCCGCCUCUGCUUGAAGAUUCCUGCAGGCUGGAGCGACCUUGAAGGGGCCGCCCUCGGUGGCAUCGGCUGGGCUACCGUGGGCUUAGCCUUCUGUGAUGCGGAUGCUUUGGCACUACAAGGUCGACCCUCUGCUCCUGUUGAGCCAACGGCAAAUGGUAAGAAGGUGCCCAUACUGGUGUACGGGGGAGCCACCGCAACGGGCACCAUGGCAGUGCAGCUCCUCAAUUUGUGAGUUCAGCCCUAACCAGCCAAGUGCAAAGAUAAGCGUUGAGAUCUCUUGUCAUUUCAGAUCUGGGUAUUCCCCGAUUGCGGUUACUUCCACCACUUCGGCCCCGUUGGCCUCUUCUUAUGGCGCGGCGUACACAGCGGCAUACACAUCAGCAACGUGCACGGAAACCAUCAAAUCACUGGCCCAAGGAGUGCCUAUACGCCAAGUGCUCGACUGUAUCACUGAUAUCGAGUCUGUCGCCAUUUGCUUUGGCGCCAUGCCAAGAACAGGCGGUCGAUAUGCGUGCCUGGAGGCGCUGCCCGACGCAUGGAAGACCCGACGCUCAAUCAAGACGAAGGAAGUGAUGGCAUAUGAGGGUCUCGGCGUUCGCGUAGACCUCGGCGAUUCGAUAUACACGCGUGAAGCCAACAAAACGUUAUUUGAGGUUACGACGAGCUGGACAAUCGAGGUACAGAGGGUCCUCGAUGCGGGAAAGUUACGCCCACAUCCCAUUAGGGAGAUACCCGGAAAGUGGGAUGGGAUCCGGGAUGGUCUGGCCAUGUUACUCAAAGGUGAGAUACGAGGGGAAAAGCUUGUUGUAAGGAUAACAACCUUAUAGGCUAAGUUUCCUAAUAAGGAAAUUUCAUGAGAUAUAUAAGUCGGUUAG